GGGGAGAGGCGCGGAGGGAUCCGUGAGAGCCGCAGUGCGGCGGCGCGCGGACCGGGCGGGCCGGGGCCGGGUGAGGCGGGGCGCGCGCGGCGGCCGUUGAGGGACCGUUGGGGCGGGCGGCGGCGGCGGCGGCGGCGGCGGCGGCGCGCGCUGCGGGCAGUGAGUGUAGAGACGCGGACGCGCGGCGGAGCUCAAGCUGCUGCAGCUGCUGCCGCCGCCGGAGGAACCUUGAUCGCCGCGCUCCGGACACCCCGGGCCUCGCCAUGGCUGACCAGCUGACUGAGGAGCAGAUCGCAGAAUUCAAGGAGGCCUUCUCCCUCUUUGACAAGGAUGGAGAUGGCACCAUCACCACCAAGGAGCUGGGCACAGUGAUGAGAUCCCUGGGACAGAACCCCACUGAAGCCGAGCUGCAGGACAUGAUCAACGAGGUGGACGCGGAUGGGAACGGGACCAUUGACUUCCCGGAGUUCCUGACCAUGAUGGCCAGAAAGAUGAAGGAUACAGACAGCGAGGAGGAGAUCCGAGAGGCCUUCCGUGUCUUUGACAAGGAUGGCAAUGGCUACAUCAGCGCUGCAGAGCUGCGCCACGUCAUGACGAACCUGGGUGAGAAGCUGACCGAUGAGGAAGUGGAUGAGAUGAUCAGAGAGGCUGACAUCGAUGGAGACGGCCAGGUCAAUUACGAAGAGUUUGUACAGAUGAUGACUGCAAAGUGAAGGCCCCCGGGCAGCUGGUGAUGCCCGUUCUCUCGAUCUCUCUUCCCGCGCGCGCACUCUCUUCAACACUCCCCUGCGUAUCCCGGUUCUAGCAAACAGCAAUUGAUUGACUGAGAAUCUGAUAAAGCAACAAAAGAUUUGUCCCAA